GUGACAUUAGCGGUGUGUGCUGUCAGUGUCAUAUGGCAAGCCCGGGCAGCUUUAACUGGUUCAGAGCAGAGACGUUUCUUAUUGUCGACGAGCGCGGUCAUUUACGCUGGGCUCUCGGGACCGGAGACGCGAGCUCAACCCCGCACGGAACGCAGACGUACGUCAAGCUCUGCUCUUCAUCCUCUCCCUUGUUGAUGGAGUUCUUGCAGAACAGCGGUGACUACUGCCACGCCCAACAUCUCCACGCCUGAGCCUCAGUGGCCCCAAGACCUGAAUGCCCAGAGGAAGGCUCUCCCUGCUUCCCUUGCUCUGGCCCUGCUGACUGACCACCCCACCACCACCACACCAGAUGGGUUAACUGGCCGUUGUGGCCCAGGGCUCCACCCGCCAGUAGCCCCAUUCAAACCAGAUGCGCCCAGCUUCCAGAAGCCCCCGCGAACCAGGCCCCCAUUUUUAUUUAUUCUGAAAGAUAGAAGGAGACACGGCAGUUCGCCAAGGCCUUCCACUGAGAGUACAGUCAUUGUAGCCCUGUGAGUCAGGGGGUUACUGUAGUAAAGUCAGUGGGUGUGUUUAGAGGUCUGUUUACCCAGAGGACACUGGCCUGGCCUAUAGCACGCUACCUAUACGUUGGCUAUUAGGCAUGGUCAGGAUGAACCGUCCAGCCCCUGUAGAGGUUUGCUACAAAAACAUGCGCUUCCUGAUCACGCACAACCCAACCAACGCCACUCUGAGCACAUUCAUUGAGGAUUUGAAGAAGUAUGGUGUAACUACAGUGGUGCGAGUCUGUGAAGUAACCUAUGAUAAGACACCACUGGAGAAGGACGGAAUCACAGUUAUGGACUGGCCUUUUGAUGAUGGAGCCCCUCCUCCCACGAAGAUCGUGGAUGACUGGCUUACACUCUUGAAGAAUAAGUUUGGCGAGGAUCCAGGCAGCUGUGUGGCAGUGCACUGUGUUGCCGGACUGGGCCGCGCUCCUGUGCUGGUGGCGCUAGCACUGAUAGAAAGUGGAAUGAAGUAUGAAGAUGCCAUCCAGUUCAUAAGACAGAAACGCCGGGGUGCCAUCAACAGCAAGCAGCUGACCUACCUGGAGAAGUACAGGCCUAAACAGAGACUGCGCUUUAAAAGCCCACAUAACCACAAGAACAAGUGCUGCCUCAUGUGAACCUGUCUUAGCCAGUCUGCCCUUGAAGGAAUGAAUAAAUGGUUGUGGAUUCAAUUAGACUAAUGCCACAAACCCAGUUCACUUGGACUUUAUACCCUUUACUGUUUGUGAGACCCCUUACUGGAGGGGCAUUGUAAGCUCAGGGUUGUGAAAGACGAGCCUCUCAAAUUUUGUCUUCACACAUCUAUCGCAAGUGUUUUCCCAGAUGACAUUGCAAAAACACACCACACACACAAAUACUCAUAACCAGCAAUGCCAGCAGCACACACUCCAAAGAUGAUCAUGCCAUCACACUGUUUACCAUAGCUAGCCACCAACUUGAUCUCACUUUGGUAGAGCUAACAUGAGUGAGAUUAUGGAAAAUUACUAUUUGUCCAUGUUUGUAUUUUCUUAAUAAUCAUGUAAAGUGUAACUACAGCACACCCUAAAGCACUGUCUCUCUGUAACUGUGGUUCACAAGGCACGUCUAUCUGGCUCUUCUUUAACCCAGAGAAAUGAGGAUUGACAGAAAAUGACUUCAUUGUGAGGGCUAGUGCGUGAUUUUUACUAGAGCUAUAUUUUUUUUACAUUGUGGUCUAAACUACUCUGGGAUUAGAGUACUGCACCACUAGUUUGGCCAGUUGAUCUGUAUGGCAGUGAGGUGGAUGGCUAGUAGGAAGUGCCCCACACUUCUGCUAAAUUGAGAUGAUGAAGGUUAUCAAUAAGCCAGUUAGAAAUCAUGUCAGAACUCCUCCUCUGACCUGCUUCUGGCUUUAUUCACUUCACUUAGUGAUUACAUGAAUACUGUGUACUUCUAGUGUCUCCUCACCUGAUUUCUCCACGGGUUGUGCUGUCAUGGAAAUGGGAAGGAAUUGUGGAAUUCAAAUAUGUUGUAAGAUGGUAGAAGCCCCUGAUUCAUUGGGAUGAACGAUCACCAAACUGUGAUCCAGGUACUAACAUGUGGCUCAAGUCCUGGAGCUUUGUCAUAAAAUAAAUGAAUCAAUACAUUGUCACAUUUUUCUGCCUUAUAAAUUAAAAUCAGAUCUGAUAUUUCACAGUCAAUAAAGCUAAUAAAGUAAUUUUUAAAACGUG